AUGUGUGGAAUCUUCGCCUGCCACGGUCAUCCGUCGAUUGCAACCUUCAAGACCACCGCUCUUCAGUGCGUCAAAUGCCUGCGACAUCGAGGCCCUGACUGGUCUGGCAACUGGUCUGGGAAUAACACCAUCCUCUGCCAUGAGCGCCUCAGCAUUGUGGGAGUGGACAGCGGGGCGCAACCCCUGGUCAACGACGAAGGGACGAUUGCCUUGGCCGUCAACGGCGAGAUCUACAACCACAGAAUCCUACGCAAGCAGUUGAAAGUCCCCUACAGCUUCAAGACCAACAGCGAUUGUGAGGUUAUAAUCCCUCUAUACCAGGAAUAUGACUCAGACGCUCCCAAGCAUCUGGAUGGCAUGUUUUCCUUCGUCCUCUACGACAAGAAACAAGAUCGAACAAUCGCUGCACGGGACCCCAUUGGCAUCACCUCGUUCUACCUCGGUCGAUCGAGUCAAACACCGGGCGCCGUCUUUUUUGCUUCCGAGCUGAAAGCUCUUGCCCCGGUGUGCGACAAUAUCAUCUCAUUCCCACCCGGCCACAUCUAUGACUCCAAAACAGACAAGAUCACCAGAUAUUUUGAGCCGACUUGGUGGGAUCCUACCAGAGUUCCCUCCACGCCGGUGGACUACAAGCUGAUCAGAAAGACGCUGGAAAAGUCGGUUCUCAAGCGGCUGAUGGCUGAAGUACCAUACGGUGUGCUGCUGUCCGGUGGUCUCGACUCGAGCUUGACGGCGUCGAUCGCGCAACGGGAGUCUCUGCGUCAGCAAUCGAUUCUCAAGCGUCGGAGCCAAACCAAUGGCGUCAAUGGCCAUGUCAACGGCGAGGUUAACGGCGAAACCAACGGAUACCGUACGCCAGAGACCGGCACCAAACUUGUGGGAAUCGACGAUGAUGAUGAAUUGUCAACAGUCACCUUCCUCCCUCAGUUGCACUCAUUCUCCAUUGGUCUGCCAGAUGCGCCCGACACGAAAGCAGCCCUUGAAGUGGCCAAAUUCCUGGGAACCAAGCACCACGACUUCACCUUUACCAUCCAAGAAGGACUGGACGCACUCUCAGACGUCAUCUAUCACCUUGAAACCUACGAUGUCACGACCAUUCGUGCAUCCACGCCUAUGUACCUGCUGUCCAGGAAAAUCAAGGCACUGGGUGUCAAAAUGGUCCUGAGUGGCGAAGGUAGCGACGAAAUCUUUGGAGGUUAUCUGUACUUCCACGCCGCUCCAAACAAGGAGGAGUUCCAUAGGGAGACCAUCAGAAGAGUCAAAAACCUCCAUCUGGCCGACUGUCUGCGCGCGAACAAGUCCACAUCAGCAUGGGGUGUCGAAGCUCGUGUCCCUUUCCUGGACAAGCAAUUCCUCGAAGUCGCCAUGAAUAUCGACCCCGCGGAGAAGAUGAUCACCAAAGACCGCAUUGAGAAGUACAUCCUCCGGAAGGCGUUCGACACCUCGGACGAACCUGAAACCAAGCCUUACCUGCCGGAUCAUAUCUUGUGGCGUCAGAAGGAGCAGUUUAGUGAUGGGGUGGGUUACGGCUGGAUCGAUGCAUUGAAGGAUAACGCCGAGAUCAAUGUGACGGAUGAGAUGAUGGCAAACCCCAAGCCUGAAUGGAGCGAGGACGUACCGACCAGCAAGGAGGCAUAUUGGUAUAGGCUGAUGUUUGAUGAACAUUUCCCGCCCUACUGUGCCUCGACCGUUAUGAGGUGGACGCCAACCUGGUCCAAGCAGUCGGACCCCAGCGGGCGAGCGAUCGAAACCCACGUCGCAAGAUAUGCGGAAGACGAAGCCGGAUCAUGA